GGUGAGCUAACGGUCCAAACCCGUUCGCACCCAUAUCUUCAUUGUAAUCGACGAACUUCCGCCGCUAUUUAAACGGCGAGACCUGAUGUGCAGAACAAUAACUAUCGAGCUGGGCUUUGUUAUUUGAGUUCUACGAUCUACUCAUUCAGAGCUUUGCCUCUUUUUCCUCCGUGUCUCUCUUCUACCUUAUCCAUGGCGUCUGCUUUUAUUACAGUAGCGAAACCUUUCUCUUCCAACAAAGCAAUUCCUUCUUUCUCUAGUCAGAGAUCACCAGGUUUGCGGAAGUAUGCUCUGAGAAUUAAUGCAGCGGCCACGAAAUGGGAACCCACAAAGGUUGUUCCACAAGCAGAUAGAGUUUUGAUUCGUCUAGAGGAGUUGCCCGAGAAAUCAGCUGGCGGAGUGUUAUUGCCUAAAUCAGCUGUUAAAUUUGAGCGCUACCUGAUGGGUGAGGUUUUGUCUGUUGGUGCUGAAGUGAGCAGUGUAGAGGCUGGAAAGAAGGUUCUUCUAUCGGAUAUUAAUGCAUAUGAGGUGGAUUUGGGAUCAGAUGGAAGGCAUUGCUUUUGUCGAGCAGGUGAACUGCUGGCUGUGGUUGAGUAGGAUUAAGAAUUCUUGAGGAUUUUCAGAAGAAUAGCAGUUCCCCUUUUAUGAGGAUAGGUUUUUGUAGACUAUUUUAUUGAAGUUUCUUCUCCACUGUUUUUCUCUCUCAAACCGUGCAGACAUUAAAACUUUGAAUUUUUUUUAAAGCUCA